AUGCCUGUCGGAGUGUUCCAGCCGUCAAACCAGAUCAGACUCACCAACGUCUCGCUGGUGCGCAUGAAGAAGGGCAAGAAGCGCUUCGAAAUCGCAUGCUACAAGAACAAGGUCCUCGAAUGGCGCAAUAAAAUCGAGAAGGACAUCUCCAACGUACUGCAAAUCGAGAAUGUCUUCCUCAACGUAUCCAAAGGCCAAGUCGCACCCAAAGCCGAUCUCGAAAAGGCCUUCCCCAAAAAGUCGCUCGAAGACAUCAUCACCGACAUAUUAGACCACGGCGAGCUGCAAGUAGGCGAGAAGGAGCGCAACGCCGAGUUGGAGCGAACCAAGAAUGAAGUCAUCGAUAUCGUGGCGGGAAAACUCGUGGACCCCAAGACGAAGCGCGUCUACACCACAGGCAUGAUCGAGAAGGCGCUGGAUCAACUGAGCUCGGCAGCGGCGACGCAACAGGGAGACAAGGGCGAGAGCAAGGAAGAUGGUGAGGACAAAGCCAAAGCGAAGGAACUGCCCAAGUGGACCGGCAUCGUUACGAACAAGUCAGCCAAGUCGCAGGCGCUAUUCGCCAUGAAGGCCCUCAUCGCCCACCAGCCGAUACCUGUCGCCCGCAUGCAGAUGAAACUGCGCGUCACCUGUCCGACGUCCGUCCUCAAGCAAUCCAUAAAGACUGCGCCCAAGGCGCCAGCGGGCACUGAAGAGAAGGGAACUACCGGUACUGUUAAGGAUGCGAUAUUGGCCUUCAUGGAGAAGAUCGAGAGUCAAGACACAAUAGGCGCCGAGUGGGAGGCAGUGGGUCUCGUUGAGCCUGGAGCCUUCAAGGGUCUGAACGAGCUGAUUGAGGGCCAAACAAAAGGAAGGGGCAAUGUCGAGGUUCUCGAGAUGGCUGUCGGUGCCGACGACUGA